AUGAAAUGUCGGGGACCCAGGCUGAAGUUCUGUUGCUGCUGCGUGAAUCUACGGGCGGGAUGUUUUUACAUGGCGCUUUUCGAGAUUUUCGCAUCGAUCCUGGGAUUCUUUGUUGGCGAAGAUGGUCGUCUGUUACUAAUGGGCCGGACCGCCUAUAUGGUGCACUUUAUUGGUUCGAUUUUUCUGAUGAUGAGCAGUUUCUUGCAGAUCGAAUUUAUGGUGGUCAUCUAUCUGGUGACAAAUAUAAUCCACCUGAUCUUUUGUACCGCCUUUAUUAUCGACUACGCGUUAAGUUGUAGCUUCUGCACUCUAGAAUCGAUUCCUGUAUUUUUUACCCUGGUUUUCAGCCUUUAUUUUUGGAUAGUGGCCUUUGCCUAUUGGCGACGCCUUCUCUGGGAACACAACAUCGAAAACGACGAGUGACGCGAAG